GGAACUGGGAAAAGAAAAACGGGAAAGUGAGUCGAUUGAUGGUAGAGUUGUAUGGACAUAGUACGCGAUUGUGAAGAAUUUGCAGAAGAAUCCGUGGUUAUUAGGAUUAACUAUCAUACUUUCAGAACCUUGAAAAUGGAGUGUGUAUGAGACGAGUGGGGUUUUGUCACCAGCUGCUGAGCGGGUCCUCUCCAGACAGUGAACUCUCAGCAUGGACUUGAAUGAGUUUCCUCCCCCACCUCCUCCUGAAAUGUUUGUCGAAGAUUCCCCGUUUCCUGAGGAAGAGGAGGGGGAGCAGUUUGACUUUGACGACAGCGGAGAUGAUGUUCCCGAAGCAGACAGGCCACCGCCCACCCCCCCUGCUGCUGACUACGGGGCCCAGAGUCAUACCGAAAACGGGGCACCAACCGGAGAGGGCGUUCCUGACCCCUCGAAGGGGCAGGCCCCAGAUUCAGCGAAUGGUCCCAAAGCGGCAGCCCCACUGGAAACCGAGGGCGGUUUGCCCCCACCUGUAGAGGGCGCCGUUAGCUGUAGCACAGACACCGCUCUGUCAGAAACCGAGCAGGAUUUGCCACCGCCUCCUGAGUGCCUCGCAGAUGUUGCCUUCACAGAGGAGGAAGGUGCUGGCAACGACCCCGGGCCUCCCCCUGCCCAGGACGGGGCCUCGCAGGGCAAGGUGAGCCCCUACUCAGUGAUUGACAUCGCCCCCCUCCACCACCACCAGCAGCAGCAGCCUCCCCCCUCCUCCCCCCCCCCCUCCUCCUCCUCCGCCCCGGAACCCGAGCCCAGCCUCCCGCCGGACGAUCCGACCGUGCCCCUGGGCUACUCUGUCCCCAUGCCCUGCGGCUACGCCACUCCCUCAAACGUCCCCGCUCUCGCCCCGGCCUACACCACGCCCGUCAUCAUACGUCACCUCUCCAUGGACGAGGACGUCACUAUGGUCAGGACAUGCAGCACUUCAGUGGACAGUGAAGAGCAUCCAGUCAUUAAGGAAGAAGAUGCUCUAUCCAGAUGGGUGUCAGAUCCUGCAAACACAGCCUGGAUGGACAAUCCAGAUGAAGUUAUUUACGAUGACGUCCCCAGAGAGAAUUCGGAUUCCACCACAGAUCCAGAGGAGAUGAUCUAUGACGAUGUGGAGCUGGGGGAGGAGGGGGGGAGCAGCUCUCUGGAUAACGGCUGGAGCUCCAGCGAGUUCGAGAGCUACGACGAGCAGAGUGACGGGGAGGGGCAGGGCCGCAACGGGCUCCCCGACGCCUUCAUGAGAGGGAGGACCCCCCGCAACAAGACCCACCUCUCUCAAGAUCUGACGAGGUUGAAAGAACACUAUGAGAAAAAGAUGAAAGAUCUCGUGGCGAACACGGUGGGGACUGUAGAGCUGCAGCACAUAAGGCAGAAACAAGAACAGAAGAUGCAGAAACUGGUGAAGGCGGCAAAAGAAGGGACCAAAGACGGCCUGGAGAAAACCAAAGCUGUGGUGAAAAAGGGAAGAUCAUUCAUCAAAACCAAAUCCUUCUGUCAAGAGCGCAAGUCGUCCUGCAUGGAGGAGGAAGGGGACCUCUUCAUCGAGGUGGAGUGUUUCAACAUAGAUCCUGAGCUGAGCCCCAUGCCUGAGGGACUCACGCAGCAGCAGGUGGUGAGGAGAUACAUAUUGCAGUCAAUAUUGGAAAGCGAAAAGAACUAUCUGGAUGCACUGAAGCGCAUUUUAGAGCACUAUGAGAGGCCUCUGUCGGAGAUGGACCCCCGGAUCCUGAGCGAGCGGAAGCUGAAGAUGACGUUUUACCGCGUGCGGGAGAUCCUGCAGUGCCACGCCCUGUUCCAGAUCGCCCUGGCCUGUCGCGUGGCCGAGUGGGACACGUCCGAGAUGAUCGGCGACGUCUUUGUGGCCUCGUUCUCCAAAUCCAUGGUGUUGGAUGCCUACAGCGAGUAUGUGAAUAACUUCAGCACGGCUAUGGGGGUGCUGAAGAAGACGUGUGCCUCCAAACCGCCGUUUGUGGAAUUCCUCAAACACUGCCAGGACAGCAGCGGAGACCGCGUUACUCUCUACGGGUUAAUGAUGAAGCCAAUCCAGCGAUUCCCACAAUUCAUCCUGCUCUUGCAGGACAUGCUGAAGAACACGCCAAUCGGCCACGCCGACAGGCUGCCCCUCCAGAUGGCCCUGACUGAGCUGGAGACACUGGCCGAGAAGCUGAACGAGAAGAAGAGGGAGGCUGACCAGCGCUGCGAGGUCAAGCACAUCGCCAAGGCCAUAAACGAGCGCUACCUCAACAAGCUCCUGGGCAGUGACUGCCGGUACCUCAUCCGGUCCGACGACAUGGUGGAGACGGUCUACAACGACCGUGGGGAGAUGGUCAAGACCAAGGAGCGCCGCAUCUUCCUGCUCAACGAUGUGCUCAUGUGCGCCACGGCUAACGUUCGUCAGGACAGCGGCGGGGGCAACGGCGGGGGUGUCUCUAUGGGGCAGAAGCUCCUGCUGAAGUGGAGCGUCCCGCUCAGCCUGGUGGACAUGGUGGAGUUCGGCUCCAGCGAGGAGGCCGGGGACAGCGCCCGCUUCGUCACGCCGCACUCCGGGGAGAACGUGGUCAUCAACGCCAGGCCAAACAAGCUGUACGUGGGUCCAGGCCAGCUGUACCAGGACCUGCAGAACCUCAUCCAUGACCUUGGACUGGUAAAGCACAUCUCCAGCAUGAUUGGCAGCCUGAAAGGGAACUACCAGAAUGUGAACUCGGCUGUGGCUCAGGACUGGGUCUCGGGCCUCCAGAGACUCAUCCUGAAGAAGGAGGAGGAAAUCCGGGCGGCUGAUCGCUGCAGGAUCCAACUGCAGCUCCCAGGGAAACAUGACAAGUCCGGACGGCCUACGCACUUCAGCGCUGUGUUCAACACCUUCACACCAGCCGUCAAACAGUCGUGGAUCAGCAGCUUCCAGAUGGCCAAGCUGGCUUUGGAGGAGGACAACCUGCAGGGCUGGUUCUUUGCCGAGGACGAUGGGAAUCAGAUGAAGAAACGCAAACACCCCCUCCUCCUGAGGCAGAUGCCUGUGGUCAUGUCCAAGCUGCAGGAGUUCAAGGUUGAGUGUGCAGUUCACAACCCGGAGCCCCUGUACAACACUGAGAGUACCGCGGACACGCCUGCCCUUGGAUAUGGCUGUGUGUGGGUGGCCAGCUGCACCAACCAGAUGGGCCAGAUCUCGGUGGUCAGCCUACAGAGCCCCGCCCCCAAGGUGACCGAGUGCUUCAACGUGGAGUCGCGCAUCCUCUGCAUGGUCCACGUGCCCCCCGAACACGCUCAGGAGGCGGAGGGAGGGGAAGUCCCCGAAAACAACGUCACCCCCGGGAGGGGAAGUGAGACCCCCACCGUCUGUCUGGGCAUGGAAGAGGGGAGCAUUUCCGUGUACAAGAGCAGCCAACGGUCCAAGAAGAUCCGCCUCCAGCACUUCUUCACGCCAGACAAGUCCACGGUCAUGAGCCUGGUGUACACGGCGCAGUGUUUGUACGCGGGCCUGGUGAGCGGAUCGGUGGCCAUCUUCUCCAGGUCGCCAGAUGGUUCCUGGUGCUCCGAGUCCCCAAAGGUGGUGAAGCUUGGGGUGCUACCGGUGAAGAGCAUGCUCGCUGUGGAGGACCACGUUUGGGCUUCUUCUGGUGGCCAAGUCUUCAUCAUCUGCACCAAGACUCACGCCAUUGAGAGGCAGUUGGAGGCCCACCAGGAGGAGGGCAUGGUGGUGUCCCACAUGGUGGUGGCGGGCGUGGGAAUCUGGAUCGCUUUCAGCUCACGAUCCACCCUGCGCCUCUUUCACACGGAGACACUGGAGCACCUGCAGGAUAUCAACAUCGCCACACCUGUGCACCACAUGCUCUCAGGGCAACAGAGGGUGUCUGUGAGCAGUCUGCUGGUGUGUCAUGGCCUGCUUCUGGUGGGGACCAACCUGGGGGUGACAGUGGCCCUAUCUGUGCCCCGACUCCAGGGCAUCCCUAAAGUCACAGGCCGUGGCAUGGUGUCCUUCCACGCUCACAACGGCCCGGUCAAGUUCCUCACCAUGGCAGCUGCCAUUUGUAACCGGCCCCCAGUGGACCCAUGCAGCACACCCGCCACCACCACCACCACCCCCACUGACCCCCCUGCCGCCCCGGAACCUUCCGACCCGACUCCCACUCCGACACCGCCGACGAGGGACCAGGACCGCGAGCGGGGCGUCUGGCUGGGCGAGUCGGGGGUCUGCCAGGCCUCCCUCUCCUCCUCCUGCGGCUCUCUGGUGCCCUCCCAGAGCUCCCUGGAGCACGGGCCGGAGGACGGGGCCAUCUACGACCUGCUCAACGACCCCGCUCACUCGCACUGGGGCCGCCGGGCCGCCGAGAGGGUGACCGCCGGCUCCGCUCUGGCCGUCUCCGGGGGCGCCGGUCACCGCAGGGUCAACCGCAAGACCAAGCAGUCCCGGCAGGAAGAGGCGGCCGCCACCAUCAUGGUGUGGCAGAUCCCCCUGCUCAACCUGUGAGAGAGAGAGAGAGGCCGUCGUGCCACAGCAGUGAGAGUGACAGUGCAGCUCUCCGGGGAGGAAGCGUAGGAGGGCGAGGAGGUGUUGCUUUUUCCUACUUGAAGUCCGUAGCGCUCGCCAACUCCCACGGACGCUCCGUCGUCUGGACCAAUGAAACCGCAGGCCCCAGGAAAUUUCACCCCGUUUCACGAUGAGACCAAACCAAUGCUGUGUUAACAGGAAGUAGUGGACAAAACAAUAAAACAAGUGUGUCAUGGAUUGUGCAAGGAUUGUGCGGGUAAUUGCUGAACAUUGUGUUUGGAAUGUUCAAUGUAGUUGCCUAGCAACAAGGGACACGACCCCCCCCCCAUGUGUUGUGCUGGUAAUCAGCAAUGUUACAAUAAACAGGACCAAUGUUUCUGCAGGAACAGUUAUUUAAAUGUAACCACUCAAUCGUAGCAUCUUUCAGACAGAAAAGUAUUGCACGUGCUCACAUCCAGUUCUAAAACUUCCAUUCCUGUUCCAGUUCAGCCGGGCAAUGGGGCCCUUACCUCCAAAUUUACUUUCACUAAUGUCACUCAUCUCUAAAAAAAAAAAAUUAAAACAAGUAUUCCAUAUGCAUUAAGCAUAUUUGACGUGUUUUACAAUCAAGAACAAAAUUAAGAUUGUUUUUGCAGCUUACGCAUUGAGCCAGAGGGUUUGAUAGCUGGACUUACACAUUUGCAGGCGGGUAUAGAAAUAGUAUGGGGAUCUUUUUGUGCACUGAUGCACCAUUUGGUUCAUAUCAAAACCUGACUGCACCAGAGACAACUUUUGCGGUGGGCACGGCACAAAAUUGGCUGUAACAUCACAAAGGCCGAGAGAGGUAUUCCCUCUCGUUACUCAAUAGUGACUCCUCUGGUCAGUUACGUGCCUGCGGGAUGCUUGAACCAGCCAGUAAGUAGUGCUGUCCACAGGCUGAGGUGGCGGACCACUGGCUUAUUUGUGCUCUUUCUCAAAUCCAUGCUGGAUGUCAGAAUUGAAAUCAGCAAUUCCAAAGCGCAGGAGGAAAAAAACUGGGGAAUAAAGUUGAAAUGGAAAAAAUGAAAUUGCAGCAAGCAGCUUUAUCAGUAUUACCCAGCAGAAUCACCAGGAGAUAAGCACAUUGUUUUUUCUUAUUUGGCCAGUGACUAAAGCAGGUGUGGCUUCAGACUUCUUGUCUAGGAGUCCAAGAUGGAGAAGGGAUUGUGUUCCAUGAAGAGAGUUACCUAAACCAAUGCUAAUCUAUUUUAAAAAGCAUACCGGUAACACUUUUUGAAAGGUCCUACUUUUGAGUAAUAUAAAGCCCAAAAUAACGCCUUCAUAAGAACUGCAUAAGCAUUCAUAAACACUUGUGCAGAUGGCAGACAUAUGCAGGUAACCGGUUGUUCUGUGUCCCCUUCUAUACCCAAAGGGAGAUUACAAUUGUAAUUUUAUUUAUUUUGUUGUUAUAAUGUAAUUUAAACUUUGGAUGGUGGCUGCUAGCAUUGCAGUGUUACAAAGAUGCGCAUUUGUAUGACCCAUCAUAUAAGUGCUAUCAGUAUGCUUAAAACAAUUAUUUAUGUUAUAGUUUCUUGGAAGGGGAGUGCUUGUCACCUGCAUACAGUAAUUAUAAGUAAGGCUAAUUCGAUCUUUCACAAGCUAUAUCACUCAAAACCUUUUUGCUUCAUGGUCUUGUAUGCAGUGGAAUAACCACUGACUGCCAAUGUUGCGAGUGAUGCAUGAUGGGAAAAUUCUGGCUGGCCAGAUGUCUUAUUUAUCCUAAAGCUUGUCUUUGUGUGCUGUUUGCAUCUCAGUUCAGUAAUGACAACAUCAGUAAAUAGUUAUCCACUUGAUAAGAGUGAUUCACAAUUUACCCCAAACUAUAUUUUACACCAAGGGUAUUUAAAGCAAUAAGAAAUCUUUAAAAAGAUUUAUUAUAUGUGUUCUAUUGUAUACAUUCACCAAUCUGUGAUGAAAACAAUACUUUAUUUAACAGCAAUGUUUUUCUGUUUUCUGUAAAAAUUCAAGUACCGUAUGUUUAUGACUGCAGACUAUGGGGCCAAUUAUAUUACAGUCAGUUGUGUUUUCUUUUAAAGUUACUGUUUAUAUACUAAUCUAUUGGAUUAAAAAAGUGAGCUUUAUGGAGGAAAGACAGGUUGGAGAAUUUGUGAUGUUUAACAAUAUAAGAUCACUAACGUUGCUGCCAAUGUAAGAUUAUACAAUGCACUUUAAGAAGCAUGUGUCGGUUCCACAAGUUAUCUUAAAGGUAAAUGACUAGAAAAGACGAGAUUAGAAAUGGCAAGAUUUCGAAUGGAGUGUGUUCUGUCUCAGACUGAAAGCCUUAAGACUGUUAACCACUGUCAUAAAUGUUUCGUAUGAGUUACAUUUCCACAAGAAUGCUAAAGUGAACUUUGGAGCACUUUCAGAAAAUGACCCUUUACCUAGCAAAAACCUUUGUGUGCCACUUAGACAAUAAAUGAGGUGCCACUGAUAAUGUGGAGGUUGCUGUAAUCAUAUGGUGCCACAUUUCCCGACGCAUGGAUUUUGUCAGGAAAAGUGGCGUCAUGAUUUCAGCAAACUACACUUGUUGGUCUGUGAAACCUUAAGUAUACUGUACUUGUGUGAGAAUGAUUGAUUAUUAUUUUUUUAUGCUGCCAAGAUGCGAGGUCAGUUUUGUAUGAAUUUGAAUUGUCUCCACUUGCCAUAAUGUGUAUUUGCACCAGUUCUUUUUAUAUACUGCAUUGUUUUCCUAGUACUUUCCAUUUCCGUGACAUGUUGAAUUCUUGUUACCACGAGGGAAGUCUCCCACAAAGCAAGUAAUCAACAUUCACAUAACUUAGGAUUUAUGGAAAAGAAGCAACUCUUGCAAUAGUGCCAUACUUUUUUUAAACACUGUCUUAGAUUAUACGUACGAUGAAAACACAUAGUAAAGGGAACCAACGUUGGCUGCUCUUGCCCACAGUGGAAGGGAACUAAUUUCAUUUAUUCUUACAUCCUAUGACUGCUAUGAAUAUUGCUUUGUGCUUCUAACACUGUAUCUGAAAUGUGUGCUCAUGCAUUUUUAAUAAAAGGAAUUUGUACGUUUCAUUUAAA